AAACCAGCCGGGUUUUGUCAUGGUUUCCAGUUCGGGGCAUCAAUGAAAAACGACGCUGUUUUGCAAUCAGAAGGAAAAGAACGAGGAAAUAUCCCACCCCCAUUCACCCUUUCUCUCACCCUCUGAAACCUAACCCUAAGCCCAGCCAGCUACCAUCACCGUCCCUCAUCGCCGAGCUCUUCUCCUCCAGUACAGGGUGCUGUCGCCGCCGGCGGGGACAAAGCGUGGGUGCCGUCGCACUCUUCUCAUCGCAGAGCCGAACUCUUCUUAGUUCUCAUCGCUCCUCUUCUCGACGCGUUGAUCCGGUGGCGUCGCCGUCGUGAAGGUUGAUCGGUCGUCUCUUCGAGCUCCCUCUCUCUGUCCGAGGCCAGCAUCCCUCUUCAAGCUGUCCCUUACUCUCUGUCCGAGCUCACUUCCUGUCGUCCGUUGCUGUCACUUCCCAUUCCUCCGUCGCCGUCACUUUCCUGCUUGGCCGCCAACAGGACAGGCUGGUCAGACUGGUCCAACUGUGAACUGGCAGCAUUAACGGUCCAGCCAGCCAUGUAAAACCGCGAUAAAAAAAAUUGGUGGAGGGCUGCUGAACUGACCGAGAACUGGCCGGUUGGACCGGUCCGGGAACCUGCCGGUUUGAAGGAAAUGGCGCCGUUUUGAAGUUUAAUUGGGGAAGAAAAAUGUGAAACGCUACCCAGUUACCCUAUCUUCUCCUUCUCUUCAGUUCAGACUUGUGUUGCCACCGAAACCCUAGCUUCUCCACUGCUGCAAGGACUGCCGCCGUUCGUCGCGCUUAGGCACCACCGUCUUCGUUUGGUCGUGGUGCUUGAAGUUUCUAACCCACCAAUCGCAGCUUCUUCCUCGAGCUCGGUGUGUUAGAGUCUGCUCUUCGUUUGUUAGCUGCAGCUUCUUCCAACCCACCACCGUCGUGCUCGUCGCCUAGCCUCUGUCUCCGGCGCGCUUCUGCCCCUCUACUCAGACUGCUCAGAAGUCAGAAUGAAGGUUAGGCUCCCUCAUCUCAUGCCACUCUUCACUCCUAUGUAUGUGUUCACUUCUCACAUUUGUGCCCAUUUCCAAACUCAACCUCGUCUCGUUUCCAAGGUUCUUUCAUUGCAGAGAUGGCUUCACCAUGCACAUGCAACUCCCAUACACUUCCACAAGAGCAUCAAACUUGGCACUUCCACUUCCGGUUUCGAUUUCGAUUUCAAUUUCGACGUUCUGAUCCGAGUUUGCAGGGACAUCAACAUCGCUAAGAUGCUUCACACUCUUCUCAUUGUGCUGGGAAAAGCUCAAGAUGUUAUUUUGUCAACAAAGCUGGUUAAUUUGUAUGCAUCUCUUGGGGACAUCACAUUCUCUCGCUCCACCUUCAACCAGCUUCAGAGAAAGAAUAUCUUUUCUUGGAAUUCAAUGGUGGCUGCUUAUGUUCGCAGCUGCCGGCGCCAUGAGGCAUUGAGCUGUUUCAAUGAAUUCUUGUUAGUAUCUGGUUUAAGGCCUGAUUUUUAUACGUUUCCACCUGUGUUGAAAGCUUGUGUGAAUCUGAUUGAUGGCAAGAAGAUACAUUGCUAUGUUGUGAAGUUGGGUUUUGAACGGGAUGUAUUUGUGGCUGCCUCAUUGAUCAACUUGUAUUCGCGGUUUGGUGCUUUGGAUGUUGCAUAUGAGCUGUUUGAUGAAAUGCCUGAUCGAGAUGUGGGUAUGUGGAAUGCAAUGAUUUCCGCGUUUUGUCAGAAUGGGAAUGCUGACGAGGCAUUGCAUGUCUUGAAUAGGAUGAGAAGUGAGGGGCUGAAGAUGGAUCCUGUUACUGUGUCGAGUGUACUUCCUGUUUGUGCGCAGUCGGGUGAUAUUGUUAGCGGGAUGUUGAUUCACUUGUAUGUGAUAAAGCAUGGUUUGGAGAUGGACGUGUUUGUAUCAAAUGCUUUGAUCAAUGUGUAUUCAAAGUUUGGAAGGCUUGGGGAUGCACAGAGGGUUUUUGAUCACAUGGAAGUUAGGGAUCGGGUAUCUUGGAAUUCUAUAAUUGCUGCAUACGAGCAGAAUGAUGAUCCAACUACUGCACUCAGGUUGUUUAAAGAGAUGCAGUUUGUUGGAAUUCAGCCUGAGUUUUUGACAAUUGUGAGUUUGGCUUCAAUCUUUGGUCAGUUAAGUGAUCGAAGGAUAAGCAGUUCAAUUCAUGGAUUCAUUAUUAGGCAUGAAUGGCUUGAAAAGGAUGUUGUGAUUGGAAAUGCACUUGUGAAUAUGUAUGCAAAAUUGGGAGCUAUGGAUUGUGCUUGCACGGUUUUUGAACAACUUCCUGUUAAAGAUAUAAUAUCAUGGAACACUUUGAUCACAGGUUACACGCAGAAUGGUCUUGCAAGUGAGGCAAUUGAUGCUUUCAACAUGAUGGAAGAGUGUACAAAGAUAAUCCCCACCCAAGGGACAUGGGUGAGCAUUCUCCCUGCAUAUUCACACGUUGGAGCUUUGCAACAGGGAAUGAAAAUUCAUGGAAGGUUAAUUAAGAACUGUCUGUACAAGGAUGUCUUUGUGGCUACCAGCCUAAUUGACAUGUACGGAAAAUGUGGGAGGUUAGUUGAUGGCAUGUCAUUAUUCAAUGAAAUUCCACGGGAAACUUCAGUUCCUUGGAAUGCCAUAAUAUCGUCUCUUGGGAUUCAUGGGGAUGGAGAAGUAGCACUCCAACUUUUUAAGGAUAUGCUAGCUGAAGGGGUAGAGCCAGAUCAUAUCACAUUCAUAUCUUUGUUGUCGGCAUGUAGUCAUUCUGGGUUAGUGAAUGAGGGUGAACGCUGUUUUGAUUUGAUGCAGAAAGAGUAUGGAAUCAAGCCAAAUUUAAGACAUUAUGGUUGCAUGGUUGAUUUGCUUGGAAGAGCUGGAUAUUUGGAGAAGGCGUAUAAUUUAGUGAGCAGCAUGUCGAUGCAGCCUGAUGCGUCGAUCUGGGGUGCUCUUCUAAGUGCUUGUAGAAUACAUGGAAAUGUAGAUUUGGGUACCUUUGCUUCAAGUCGUUUGUUGGAAGUUGAUUCUGAAAAUGUUGGCUAUUAUGUUUUGCUGUCAAAUAUGUAUGCAAACGUUGGCAAAUGGGAAGGGGUGACUAAAGUAAGAUCAUUGGCCAGAGGUCGCGGUCUGAAGAAGAUUCCUGGAUGGAGUUCUGUUGUAGUGGGAAAUAUAGUUGAAGUCUUCUACACUGGGAACCAAACCCAUCCUAAAUGCACAGAGAUAUACGAAGAAUUAAGGGUUUUGGCUUCCAAAAUGAAGAGCCUCGGUUAUGUUCCGGACUACAGUUUUGUCCUGCAAGAUGUUGAGGAUGACGAGAAAGAGCAGAUUUUGAUGAGUCAUUGCGAGAGAUUGGCAAUGGCAUUUGGUAUUAUUAGCACCCCACCAAGAAGUCCCAUUAGGAUAUUCAAGAACUUGCGUGUCUGUGGUGAUUGCCAUAAUGCAGCUAAGUUCAUAUCCAAAAUUACUGAGAGGGACAUUAUUAUGAGGGAUUCAAAUCGCUUCCAUCACUUCAAACAUGGGAUUUGCUCAUGCGGUGAUUACUGGUAGUGUCGCUAAAGUUUGGGAGUUUGAGAAGGAUGUCCUUAAAUUAAGACCUUGUAUGACAAAGCAGGCUUUGGUUGCUCGUUGCAUUGUCAACCUGAUUUUUAUUGGUGACGAUCUACUUUGAUGUAAGAGUAUGGUCUUUUAGGAUUGAAAGAGGAGAAUUGAAGCAGUGGUUAAGCGUAACGAAGUCUUUUCUUUGCUCACACAGCAAGACAACUGCGUGAUGGAGUUACUCGAAAUCUACAAAAUUUUUUGGCUGCUACCAAUAGUGAUAACUCCAACAACCGAGAUGACACUACGAGAAACACUUCACUUGGGAGAGGUGGCUUUGGUAGAGGAGCACGUGACAGAGGCUGUGGUAAUUCUAGUAGAGGAGGUUACACCAAAAUUUGUUCCUUCUGCAACAACGUCGGUCACUUGGUAGACGUAUGCUACCAAAAGCAUGGGUUUCCUCCCCAUAUGAAGCAACAAUCCAAAGGAGUCAGCAUCAAUAAUAUGACUCCCAAAGAGAAAUGUAAUGAUAAAGGCAGCCUAACCUCAUCUCAGUUUGCAGAUCAUAAUAACUCCAAAGUUUCAUUAUCACUAGAACAAAGGCAACUCUUAAUGUCCCUCGUUCAACAAGAUGACACACAGCUUCAAGGUGCGAAUCCAAUUGAAGAGUGGCAUGAGAUGAGGGAGUCUAACCUUCACACACCAGCAUCAAAAUAGAUCAAUGUACAACAACUAAAGAAAAAAAAAAAAAUCCAAUUGACUUGCCUAUUACAGAUUAAUAUACAAUAAAGAACAAUCACAUAACCUUGGUAACAACUCAAAACACUAGCAUCAAAACAUAUCAAUAUACAAUAAAUAGUCAAAAAUCCAAUUGAUAGAAAUUAUAAAUUAUCAACAGUGCGGUUUGUCUCUUUCUCAUAGUUGAUGCAAAGCAUUGCUUGCAGCCACUAUAGCCACUCCCAAUUCCCAAGGAGUCAAGAACUCACUAUACACUACUGGUGUGUGGUUCUCUCUGUACCUUCUAACACCAGAAGCAAAAUAAAAGCCGGAAGAAGCUUUGGUUUGGCGAAAUGGCUUCUGGAUUGGUACUAUCACGUCCUGUUACUUUUGUAACUGGCAAUGCCAAAAAGAUUGAUGAAGUUCGUGCCAUCUUGGGCCGGUCCAUACCAUUUCAGUCCCUCAAACUUGACUUGCCAGAGAUGCAAGGAGGGCCUGAAGAUAUCUCCAAAGAGAAGGCUCGUUUGGCUGCUCCAGUUAUUCACUCACAAUCUGGCUUUCACUGAUUCCAUUAUGUGUGUGAUUUUAGGGUCGAAUUUUCUUUUUUUCCCUCAAUUUUUUAACCUUUCUGAUGGCUUUUCAAAUGUAUGUUAAGGUUAAUGGACCUGUGUUGGUUGAAGACACUUGCCUUUGUUUAAAUGCGAUGAAAGGUCUUCCAGGAUGGUAUAAUUAUCUUAUUUUACAUCAUUCUAAGUUGGGAGUAGUAUUCAACCUGACAC